AUGAUAAUACAGCGAACCUCUGGAGAUGAAAAGGAUGGUAGUAGAGUAAAAUUAAGUUAUUAUUCUACAUCUAAAGAUAUUAAAAACUAUAAUUUAUCUAAUGUUUCUAAGGAAGACAAUUAUGAUGAUACUGAUGAAAUCGGAACAGGAACCG